UUGGAAUGACGAUCAUUUGAAGGGUUUUGGGCGUCAUUUUCGAUAAGAAAUGACGAUGAAUUGGGGAUUUUUUGUAAUUGUCGUUGAUGUGGGCUCGCGGACGUGAAACCCCUUGCAAAAGUUCAUGAGGUAGCUGCAACCAUCGGAGGGGACUUCGUCAAUGGUACGGCCAACCCCUGAAGGAUUUACAAACAAUGCUCCAUCAUGAUGCUGGAUACAGUCGCCAUUAAAAACAAGAUCUUGGAGCUUUCCAAACGCAGAUCAAUAAAACAUGGUCUACCAUUCGUGUUAUUUAUCAUAGGAGGUUCCUUCGGACUCCGGGAAUUCACAGCACUUAGGUAUCAGUAUCGACAGACACAGCAGGUAAAGAAUGGCAUGGAAAAUACAGGAUUGCCGAUGAAGGAGAAGAGUGAGAUGUCACUAGAGGCGAUAUAUAAAACCAUUGAAGAGUUGAAUACGGAUAACUGGGAAAAUAAGAGAAUUGAGCGACCAUGGGAAGAGGAGACGCCGAAGACUUAACUAAGUGAUUAAUUAUAGCUGUUCAAAUUGAAUAAAUGACUCCAAUUUAAUGCA